AGGUGUGAGCAUCAAUGCUGAUCUCCACACGUGGCUCUUUUCCAGUGAGAGGCGUUCAUUCAGAUAUUCAGCUCUGAUCACAGCAGUGGUGAUCUGCCCACUGCCACACACAACACUGUGACAUCCAUCAGGGAUUUUCACUUUUCUUCUCAUGAUCGGUUUUCCAUGAAGCAUCUCAUACAGCAGGUGGUCAUCGGGUGAUCCACGGAGGUUUACUGUACCACCUACACCGGCUGUUAGGACAUCAUGACAGCCGAAAAGACGAUUCCCAUUAUAAAUGGAAAAGCGGACGACACGAUGGACCCCGAGGCAUCGAACCCGGGCGCGGUGCGCGUCAAGGAUAAGAAGGUGGUGAAUGAAAGAGGCCAGUGGAAUAAUAAGGUUGAGUUUAUACUGUCGGUGGCUGGAGAGAUCAUCGGCCUUGGAAACGUUUGGAGGUUCCCAUAUCUGUGUUACAAGAACGGUGGAGGUGCUUUCUUUGUACCGUAUGUCAUUUUCUUCAUCUGCUGUGGGAUCCCGGUGUUUUUUCUGGAAACAGCACUGGGUCAGUACACCAGCGAAGGCGGCAUCACUUGUUGGCGAAAGGUCUGCCCACUCUUCGAAGGCAUUGGCUAUGCUACCCAAGUCAUCGAAGCCCAUCUGAAUGUUUAUUAUGUGGUCAUAUUGUCCUGGGCUAUUUUCUACCUGUUUAACUGCUUCACGACAGAACUGCCCUGGGCGUCGUGCGGUCACUACUGGAACACAGAAAACUGUGUGGACUUCAACAAUGAAAGCAUCGCCAACCUCACCAACCCAUAUGCCACCUCACCAGUCAUAGAGUUUUGGGAGCGGCGUGUUCUCAAAAUAUCCUCCGGAAUUGAAGAAGUCGGCGGCCUUCGCUGGGAACUUGCGUUCUGUCUUGCGUUAGCCUGGGUCAUAUGUUAUUUCUGCAUUUGGAAAGGUCCCAAAUCGACUGGAAAGGUGGUGUAUGUCACUGCAACCUUCCCUUAUUUCAUGCUGUUGAUUCUCCUUAUAAGAGGAAUAACACUGCCAGGAGCUGCUAAUGGAAUUAAGUUCUACCUGUAUCCCGACAUGUCCCGUCUAUCCGACCCUCAAGUGUGGGUGGAUGCUGGGACUCAGAUAUUCUUCUCAUAUGCCAUAUGUUUGGGUUGCCUCACUGCUCUCGGCAGCUACAACAGCUAUAAUAAUAACUGCUACAGGGACUGUCUCAUGCUGUGCUGUCUGAACAGCGGCACGAGUUUUGUGGCAGGAUUUGCCAUCUUCUCUGUGCUGGGCUUCAUGGCAUAUGAACAAAAUGUGCCUAUAGAGGCAGUGGCGGAGUCAGGUCCUGGUUUAGCAUUCAUAGCAUAUCCUAAAGCUGUGACCAUGAUGCCAUGGGCUCCACUCUGGGCCGUUCUCUUCUUUAUGAUGCUCAUCUUCCUCGGACUAGACAGUCAGUUUGUGUGUGUGGAAAGUCUUGUGACUGCUAUCAUCGACCUGUAUCCCAGAACCUUCCGCGUGGGCUAUCGGAGAGAAAUGCUCAUCCUGGGCAUGUCGGUGGUCUCUUUCCUCCUGGGUCUGAUAAUGUUGACAGAGGGUGGCAUGUAUGUAUUCCAGCUCUUUGACUCAUAUGCAGCCAGUGGCAUGUGUCUGUUAUUUGUGGCCAUCUUUGAGUCCAUCUGCAUUGGCUGGGUCUAUGGUAGCGACAGGUUUUAUUCGAACAUUGAAGACAUGAUUGGAUACAAGCCCAUCUUCUUCAUCAAAUGGUGCUGGAAGUUUUUCACCCCUGGCAUCUGCACUGGGAUCUUUCUGUUCUUCUUGAUCAAGUACAAGCCUCUGAAGUAUAAUAAUGUGUACACAUAUCCAGACUGGGGUUAUGCCAUUGGUUGGAUGAUGGCGAUGUCAUCAAUGGUCUGCAUCCCUCUGGGAAUGUUAUUUCAGAUCUGGAAAACGAAAGGCACUUUCCGUGAGAGAAUCAAAAAGCUGACCACCCCCAGCUCUGCCCUGAGAAUGAGGGGCCGCCUCAGCUCCAGGGGUCCCUGUGCCAUCAAUGACGCUGAUGCCAAAAUGAAGGCGGACGGCAAGAUCUCCACCAUCACAGAGAAGGAGACACAUUUCUAAACCCAAGACACGGACAUCACCAACACAAGACACAGAAAAAUGAUGUUGCCUUUAUUUUUAAAGAGAGAAAACUAUUAUCACAUUUGUAGUCUUGCUUGUUUUGCACGAACAGGUAUCACGUCACAUUUUAACGUCAUGAUUAAAUCGGUUUUCUAUCAGAGUGUAUCUAAAUCUAGAAGAAAAUUGUUGUUAUAUCGUGUCACUCCUUGUCACGUUAGUCAGUUCUUUACUUUUAGAAAGACGCCGAGGUACAAUGGCCGUGAAAUGUUUUUGCGCAUCGACUCUUGGCCCUGUGCGGAUUACUGUAGUGUGCUUUUCUAAUGGGUAGGAGAUGUUUUGAGGACCACUCCAAACAUUGGCUGUGUGUUUGUAGAUGAGGCUCAGACUCUGGUCUAGCAGCUAGCAUUGACUCGCCGGGCGAGCAGGACGUAGCGAGUCCAUUCCCCAUGCAGCUCCAAUUCUUGCCCCUUUCACACCAAUUAAACUUAGUUUAAUUGAAGAUGACAGACCAAACAGUUUAUGAAUUCUCUUUAUUUCAGAGUAGUAGUCCAGAGAGUCAACCGUACACACUUUUUAUGAACAGUCACAGUUUCAAAUGUUUAAGGGCAGUCUAAUGGUUAAAGGAUUAGAUGAGUCAAAAUAGAAAUUCUGUCAUCGUUUAUUCAUCCCUACUUUGUUCAAAGCCUGACUUAAGAUUAGUCCUGUAGAACACAAAUGAUGAUAUUUAGAAAAAAUGGUUUUGUGUUCAUACAAUGGAAGUCAGUGUUGUUUGAUUAGCAAAAUUCUUCUAAAUAUCUUCUUUUGUGUUCUGCAAAUUAAAGAGUCAUACUGGUUUGAAACGACACGAGGGCGACUGAAUGAGUUCAUUUCUGGGUGAACAAACACUUUAAAGAAAUGCAGAUGAAGGUUUGGUUUGCACGUUGGGAAAAACAUUAAAGGAAAAGUUUGCAUAAGGAGGAAUAAUUCUGUGAUUGUUUACUCAAAAUCUAGUCACCCUGACCUGUAAGCUGUAUUAUUUCUAUUGUAUUAUUAUUAAUAGUAUGAUAUUAUUCUCGAUCACGAUAUUUAAUAUGAUCGUUUAGCAUUAGGUGACUUAAUUAUAAGAGUAAGUAAUGACAUCAUUUUCGUUUUUUUGUGCUGCAAGGAUGCAGUGAUAAAUGUCUGAUGUGGAAAAGCGGAGAUAAAGAAAAGUAAAACAGGCCCAAAACGGGAAACUAUUUUCCCCAUAAGAGAAAGUAACAAAUCAUCGACGCAAUUCAGCAGUCUGCAAAAACGUUUUUAUCAUGUUAUCACAGUAUCAAGCACUGUUGUGUUCAGUAUAUAGUAUCCUCCUCAGGAUGAACUGAGAGCCUUUUCUCACAUGCAUGCAAUCUUUGGUCUGGUCUCAUCCAUCGCCAGUUUGUGCAAGUAAACUUAUUUGUGUUUAAAUAGCCUGUUAACUUUUCAGAUGUGUGUAUAUUUUUACAUUUCUUUAGGGUUUUUGCGUGCUAUUUCUUGAUGAAAAAACAUUGUUUCUCUGAGGAAUUUUGAUAUGUCAUUCAACAAUGAAGUUCUAGACAUAUGUGGUGGAUUUGUAAUAUGUGCUGUAUACACAGAUUUUGGUAUUCACAGAACAUAUGAAUUGUCUGCUUACUCAUUUUUAAAAAUAAAAGGUAAAAAGGCA